AAAAAAAAUAAAAAUCGGGUCGUGCGGCGCAAUGGGGCCGCUCAGGUCAUCCUCGCAGCCCGCCAUUAAUAGAAACCCUAGACUCCUUUCCUCACCAUUCCUCUCCUUUUUCCCCUUCACAAUCUGAAUACCCAUGGACGCUCCUCCUUCCCAAUCCUCUCGGAGCUGGAGCAUAUACGGCCGCACUGAGAUCACUGAACAUUAUGAGAUCCUCGAUCGGAUUGGCUCUGGAGCCUACUCCGAUGUUUACCGCGGCCGCCGGCUCUCCGACGGGCUUCUCGUCGCUCUCAAGGAAAUCCACGACUACCAGAGCUCCUUCCGCGAGAUCGAGGCGCUCCAAAUCCUCCGCCACGCUCCCAAUGUGGUCGACCUCAUCGAGUACUUCUGGCAAGAGGACGAAGAUGCCGUACUCGUUCUCGAGUACCUUCAUGCUGACCUCGCUGCGGUUAUUCGUGAUGGCAAGAAGGCCGGCGGAUUGCCUGCUGGAGAGGUCAAGCAGUGGAUGCUUCAAAUCCUUACCGGCGUUGAUGCCUGCCAUCGGAAUUCGGUGGUCCAUCGCGAUCUUAAGCCCUCGAAUCUACUUAUAUCCGCUGAUGGGGUUCUCAAGCUCGCGGAUUUUGGCCAGGCUAGAAUAAUUCAGGGAAUAGGAUUUAUGAAUGAAGAUAGCUUUGUGCUACCCGAGCAAUUUUCACAGAAUAAAGAAUGGAUUCCUCAUGAAGCUGCAACUAUAAUAGAAAUGACUAAGGCAUCACAGAGUGCAUUAGAGAUUCAGAUGCAGACUUCCCAAGAAACCAUCGGGCCUAUUGAUGAACAGGAAUAUCUUGGAGAAGUAGAAGACGUGAAGGCCAAAUAUUCUGAUGAAACAGACAAGGAAACUAGCAUCCAAGAUGGUGAUGCAUCCUGCUUAGCUACUUGCAGCACAGGUGACAUUGAAGAUGACCCCUUCAAAAGCUCUUACUCCUAUGAAGUAGCUGAAGGUGGAAUAGAAGAUGAACCUGGUUCCAUGACAUCGUGUGUCGGAACAAGGUGGUUUCGGGCUCCCGAACUCCUUUACGGCUCUUUAAACUAUGGGCAAGAGGUGGAUCUCUGGUCAUUGGGCUGUAUUUUCGCAGAGCUGCUGAGCCUGGAGCCUCUUUUCCCCGGGACUUCCGACAUUGAUCAGAUUGGUAGAAUCAUUAGUGUUUUAGGGGACUUCAAUGAAGAUACCUCACCUGGUUGUUCGAAAUUGCCGGAUUAUAACAAGAUUGCCUUUGCCAAGGUUGGAAGUCCCAUUGGUUUAGAAGCCUGCCUUCAAGAUCAUUCCCCCUCUGAAGUUGCUCUUGUGAAGAAACUGGUUCGCUAUGAUCCUGCAACCAGAGCAACUGCAGUAGAAUUGCUGGGUGAUUCAUUCUUUAAGGAAGAACCUCUCCCAGUUUCUUUAAAUGAAUUGAAAGUUCCUGCAACAAGGGAUGGGCAGGAUGAGAAGUCUUCAGGUGAGUGGGGUGAUUACAGGGACAUGGCUUCGGAUUCAGAUUUUGAUGAUUUUGGUGGGGUGAAUGUCACCAACACUGACAAAGGUUUUGCGAUCAGAUUUUCUUGAUGUGUGAAGGUUAUCAGGGAUAUGUUGUUUGUACUAUUUGUUUAUGGUAUGGAAAACCUCCUUGUAGCUAGCAAGUGGAAAAAUUAUUACGUGCGGGUCCGGAUUCAUCCGGAGAUCAUUAAAAAUGUGUCACAUUGCCUCAAAAAAUAUACUAAGAGCUCGGUACCGAGCACGGAACCAAACAGUUUUCCCGUCCGGUGUCCGCACAAAAUAAUCCCUCUUGCAAAUGAGAGAGUUGUUGGCCAAAGCGGCAACUUUAAUAUGCGGUGAUCAAGAAUAAUUUAGUUUUACAUGUUUUGUAGCUGCAGUUCUUAAUAAAGUUUCAGUUGUAAUAUUAUUAUCAUUUGGCUGAAAAGUGGGGAUCUGCAAUUGCAAUUUUGCUUGUGAAAACUGGCCAUGAUUACUGUGCACUGAGAUGUUUUGGCUGUA